AUGCAAGCUACCAGAGUUAUCACCCGCAAUCUCUCUCCAAAUCUCAACCGGCGGCGAAAACAGCUGCGUGUCGUCAAUCCGACUACGCCUCUUUCAUCGUUUGCAACGCACAACCCACCCACCGACUCCGAUCAACUAGCCUACCGGUUAUGCGAACUGUCCUUACAAAAGAUUCAAAAAGAAGCCCGGGCUUCUGAGCCUGACAUUCGCCAUGUGCUUGCAUGUACUUCCAUGCAACGUCUAGCACAGCAGGACCUUUUGUAUCGCCUUGAUACGCUACAAAAUGCUUUGGAUAUACCCGCGCUGCCCUUACUUCCGGGAGCGGAUGAGCCAUUGAUGGGGGAUGAGGACGAGAUGGAUAUGAGAUCACUUGAGAUCGCUGUGUCCGAGUUAGAAACGGCCAGUAGGAGGGGCGAGCUAGCCCGGUUCAUCUGCUUUCAGCAAAUCAAGGAGAUGUGA